GCAGCAGCUGGAGGAGGAGCAGCCGGAGCAGCACAAAGUGGAGCAGUCGCAGCAACGCAUAGAAGUAGAAACGCCCUGCAGUUCCGUCGAGACGACAGCAAACGUUGAGCGUCUUGCAUCCAAAAUGGCGUCACGUUCAGUGUCAGCUGCUGCUCCUACGCCGCCACCACCACCACCGCCGCCGCCGCCGGUGCCUACAUCGUCGGCAGCCAUUGCGCAACGAGGCGGCGGCAAGAUUACACGCAGCAGCUUGAACGGCACCCGCUCACCAACAAUCAUGAAGCGCCUGCGAAAAAGCACGCGCAGCACACGCUUCAAGGCUGCCAAGCUGGCAACCAGUGCCAUAAAUGGCCACAAUUUGGGACAGACUGCUGCCACAGGCGCCGUUGCCGCCGCAGCCGGCGUUGCCGCACAAAGUGGCGCCGCUCUUGCCACUGCUCAAGGCAAAGGGCAUGGUAAAUCGGAGCGUGGAGUGGGUGGUGGCGGGGCCAGUGGUGGCAGCGCAUCCAAUGCCAAGAAUCGCCGCACACUGUUCAAGCGGCCUGCCCAAAAGACACCUAGGAUGCAGGCGUGCACACGUUUCGUGCAAAGCGUCUUCCACAAGGACAGCUACAUCCAGAUCGGUGACAUUGUCAGCAUUGUGGACAGCGAACAGAGCCUGUUUUAUGCCCAGAUCCGUGGCCUGCUUGUCGACGCCUACUGCGAGAAGUCCGCCUUUCUCACCUGGCUAAUACCCACGCAGGACAGUCCCGAUCCCAAGGAUGGCUUUGAUCCAGCCACCUAUCUGAUUGGUCCAGACGAGGAGCUGUCCCGAAAACUGUGCUUCCUUGAGUUUGUGAUGCAUGCGCCCAGCAAUUAUUACUAUGAUCGGACGACGCCGUUCCCGCUGCCGGAUGUGGAUGAAUAUGCGACGCGACGGGCUGGCGGCUUCAUUUGGACACGACUGCCAACCUUGAAGCGAGAGCGGGAAAGGGACAAGAAGACGGUUGCCUAGCAG